ACUAUUUUAAUGAGAAGAAAUUCAGCUAUGGAUUCCAGUUUAAUAAAUUCUAUAAGUUCAACAAAUUCUAUAUCUUCUAUGACAUUAAAUGAAGUAGAAAUGAAAUCUAAACCAUUACAAGAUACUUCAUCAGCAUCUGUAACGUCUAUUGUUCCUAUACCAAGCAGAAGGCAUCAAAGUGUUAAUGGCCCAUUACCGAACACUUCACCACGUUUCUCACCUGGUGAAACCACACCUAGAUUGCCACCAAAACCAAAUAAAAACUUGAUAUCAACACCUGUUCCAAACACAAUUAUGACGUCUACGUCAUCUAUAGUUGCGAAUACGAAUGUAAUAUCCGGGUCCGGUAUUAUACCGCCUCCUACUAUGUUUCAAUAUCCAACAACACAGUGAUAGCCAUUUCAAGAUUUUUGUCUGAAAAUUUAUGAGAAAGUAUUGAUGUUCUGAUGUUCGUCUGUCACUGCCGUUUUUCUUUUACUUAUAAAUGGCAUGUUUCUGAAUGUUUGUGUCAUUGAUGUCGAUGCACAGGAUUAAGGAGAUUUUGAGAGCAAUAUAUACAUUUCCAUAUCUCGAGUCAGACAGGGUGCCUGGUAUAAGGGAUUAUGGAUUGCUUUAUACAUGAAUCCAUCUCACUGUUACUUCUAUUAUAUUUUUCUCAUGCAGGCUAUAUGUGAUGUGGAAUUUGUUAAGUAUUAUAGGUAAUCGUUGAUUUUUCAUUCACUUUUACUAAAAUAUGAAAGAAUAUUAUGUACUAAACUGAAAUCAAAAUGGAAUAAAACCAUUCAGUGACUGAUAAUAAUAAAAAUUUA